AUGAUGAAAGUGCAAGCGUCCAAUGCUGACCGCUUGCAUGACCACCUGCACGCUAUCACAAUCCACAUCCUACAGCCAUCUGGGAACUCAUUCCCCUGUCAGAUAACGCUGGGCCACACUGUCCAGGAGGUCAAGGAAUCCAUAAAGAGGAUCCUGAAGUUCAGCCCUGGACAUGUUCUCAAGCUGAUACAUGGCAAACGCGAGCUCACGGACAGCUUGAAGACAGCAAAAGACUGUGGCCUUGCGCAUGGAGACACGGUCUCGAUGAUCAUUUACAAGCCCAACACGUAUGCUGCACACCUAGCCACCCUCAACGAACACAAAGACGAGAGAGGUGGGGCCUGUUGGAAAGAAGAAGUCGCGUACCCCGGAUUCUUCAGCCGAUCACGCCCAGUACUACCGGCGCCGUUUUCUCCUGAGGACGAUGUUUGA